CUCCUCUUACAUAAGAAAGCGCUCUCUCCCAUCAGAAUCUCUCAGUUCCCCCCACAAACUCUUUCACCAAGAGAGCAAAGAUCACGAAGAGUAAGAAUCUGUUGAAGAUCAAAUAAUGGCGACGAGAACCAACAUGCCUGAACAAGUCAGAGGUGUUCCCGUCGUCGCGGAUGGUGUAAAGAUCCAGAGCAAAAACGGCGCCGUCGUCAAGAACAACCGCCGUGCGCUCGGUGACAUCGGAAACAACCUUGUUUCCGUUCCCGUGGUUCAUCAAGGAGGGAAGCCUCAGCCUCCGAUCAACCGUCCCAUCACCCGAAGCUUCCGUGCUCAGCUGCUAGCCAACGCUGCCCAGAAGCAGCCAAUCAACGUCGAAAACAAGGCCGUUAAGAAACAACCACGACAGCCUCUUGCUCCUACAAGAAACAACAACCAAGAAGCUCAAAAGGCGGUUCCCAAGAAAAACCUAGUGAUCAAGCUUAAGCAGCAAGAGACCAAACACGCUCAAGUGGUGGUUGAGCCAGCGAAGGAGGUGGAGAAGCCAAAGGUCUCACCUAAGAAGAAGAACGCGACCUACUCGUCUGUUCUCAGUGCUCGGAGCAAAGCUGCGUGUGGUGGUGGUAUAACCAACAAGCCGAAGAAGAUUCUGGAUAUUGAUGAGUCAGACAGGGAUAACCACUUGGCGGCUGUUGAGUACGUUGACGAUAUGUACUCGUUUUACAAAGAAGUGGAGAAGGAGAGCCAGCCGAAGAUGUAUAUGCACAUUCAGACCGAGAUGAACGAGAAGAUGAGAGCUAUCUUGGUUGAUUGGUUGUUGGAAGUUCACGUCAAGUUUGAGCUUAACUUGGAGACUCUCUACCUCACUGUCAACAUCAUUGAUCGGUUCCUCUCUGUGAAAGCUGUCCCCAAAAGAGAGUUGCAGCUGUUGGGAAUCAGUGCCUUGCUCAUCGCUUCCAAAUACGAAGAGAUCUGGCCACCUCAGGUGAAUGAUUUGGUGUAUGUGACAGACAAUGCUUACAACAACAAGCAGAUUCUUGUGAUGGAGAAGACCAUCCUUGGGAACCUCGAAUGGUACUUGACAGUGCCAACUCAAUACGUGUUCCUUGUCCGUUUCAUCAAAGCUUCCAUGUCUGACCCUGAGAUGGAGAAUAUGGUUCACUUUCUUGCUGAGUUGGGGAUGAUGCACUAUGACACGUUGAAGUUCUGUCCUUCCAUGCUUGCUGCUUCGGCUGUCUACACAGCGAGAUGCUCACUGAACAAGACACCUGCGUGGUCUGAGACGUUGGAGUUCCACACAGGAUACGCAGAGUCUGAGAUUAUGGAGUGCUCAAAGCUUCUAGCUUUACACCACUCGAGAUGUGGAGAGAGCAGGCUACGUGCUGUGUACAAGAAGUACUCCAAGGUGGAGAACGGAGGUGUUGCUUUGGUUUCACCAGCCAAGUCGCUCUUGAGUGCUGCUCCUCCUCUUCAUGCUUAAGCGAUGGGAACAAAGAGUCGUUCAUCAGAUCUCUCUCUGAUUCAACAUGAAGAUUUGCUUUUAAAGAAAAAACCUCGUUGUUGUUAUGAGUUCAAGAAGUAAUAACGAAUUCUUUUAUGAGUAAAAAACAAACAUGUCUGUACUGGUUUCACCUUUUCUAUUACUAAUAGAUAAGCUUUCUGAUG